UGCUGCUUCCUGUCAGUGAAUGUGUUGCAAGCAUCGUUUCCUUGACUAUGACUUUGAUAUGCAUGUGUCUUAUUCAUUUAUUUGCAAGUUGCAAACUUUAUUAAAGUAUAUAAAUUGCAGGUUCUGAGCGCAUCUGGGACUCUGUUUAUUCUUACCAGCACACUCAGAGAGGUGCAGCAUCUACACAACAGGAAUGGAGGCAGACAAGACAAAACUAGAUUUUUUCUGUAAACUUGGCUACACUGAAACAAAUAUCUGUAAAGUAUUAGACAAAUUAGGCCAGGAUGCACUGAUAAAUGAUAUUUUGAACGAGCUCAUUAAGAUGGGCAAUGGCAACCGGUCAGCACCUGAGGAUUGGGAGGAAUGGCCAUCUGCUCCCAAGCUUGUUGCUCGUGGCUGCAAUCCUCCACAGAGAAAGGAGCAAGCACUGACGCCCAGUGAGGAAGAUGUUAAUUCCAGCAGUAACCUGAGACCAAUCAUCAUCGAUGGCAGCAAUGUGGCAAUGAGCCAUGGAAACAAAGAAAGUUUUUCCUGUCGAGGAAUUGAACUGGCGGUAAAGUUUUUUGAGUCUAGAGGUCAUCAGAUUAUCAAAGCAUUUGUUCCAACUUGGAGGAAGGAGCAACCAAGACCUGACACACCAAUCACAGACCAGCAUGUUCUUGAAGAACUUGAAAAACGAAGAAUUUUGGUUUACACCCCAUCUCGCAAGGUCAAUGGCAAGCGAGUUGUAUGUUAUGAUGAUCGGUACAUUGUGAAAAUUGCCUAUGAGAUGGAUGGAAUAAUAGUUUCCAAUGAUAAUUACCGGGACCUGCAAAAUGAGAACCCAGAAUGGAAGCGAUUUAUUGAAACAAAGCUUUUAAUGUACUCAUUCGUCAGUGACAAGUAG